AAAUGUAUAUACUCAAUCCAUUUAAGCUGGCACAUGAUGUUGUCUUUUAACAAGCUGUUAGUUAUCAUAUAUUGUAUUUUCAGCAUCCCAAAUUUUUGAGUGAAUGGGUACAGAGAGCAGGAGAAGCAAAAUUCCCAGGACAUUUGAGCAAAUACAGACCUGUGAUUAUCAUGCUUCUGUUAAACAAGCCUUUGGUAUCUUGAAAUGCUUCUCUUAUAUUGAAGAUGGAUCUUUUUGUAUGUUAUAAAGAGAAUUCAUAGAAUCCACAAUUUAUUUAAAAAAAUGCUGAAAGAUAAGGUUCAUAGAGACAGAAGCAGUUAAAGACAAUUGACUUGCUACCCUUGUCAACAAGUAGAAGUGAGGUUAUGAAGGGAUUUUGUUUUGUUAUUUAUAAAACAUACACUUGCUACAUAAUUAAAUGCAUGCAAGAAGUGUAUCUACUUGCAUGUUUUUCUCUGGAAAAAGAUAAUUACUGUGUUUGUGCAUGCUGAUCAGAUAAUUAUGUGUGAGAACAACUAAUGACAAUGUUCAGGUUAUUCAAAGUAAAUAACAAUAAGCAUAGAGAUGAGAGGAAACUUUAUGCAAUGCAUGUUAUUUCAUGUAUCCCGUUUUGAAAACAGUUCUUUAUGGGGAGAAAAUUCUUCUGAAAUCCUAAAAGUUGUUUUAAUAUAAAGAAAAUAGUCUGCUCUUCUCUCCACGCCCAUAUUACAUGCUGCAGAUGGAUUUGCAAUGUUCACACUAUCAAUGACAGUGAUAAAAAAACAGUCAGGCCUCUUUCACUUGUCUAAUUGCAAGCUAAAAUUAUUGGAGUUUGUUGCUUUUGGAGUUUUUCUUUUUUUUUUUUUUUUCCAGUGUGUUUAAGGCAAAGUGAAAUCGGGUUCUUUCUAAUCACAGCAUCCAAAACCAAAUUACAGAGCAGGUCUGAAGUGCUUAGGUCCAGCAGAGGACAGGGCAGGGUAUUUGCUCAUCAUUUGUCUCAGGAGACUGGUGACUCUCCCUUUUCCCUGUGGCACACACACACCUUAGCAUUUAUCACUGCUCUGGUGGGAUGAAGCCUCAUGUGGGUUCAAGGAGGCUCUUAGAAGGGGAAGAAACCCUUUUGAAGGAAAAUCCAGUGGGCAGCACUGGGUUAUGUCCCAGCACUUUGACUCAGUGACCCCAAUGUUCCUGCAGAGCUUGGUACCUUCCUGCACCUGCUCGGGCAAGGAAGGCCGUGCUGCUACCACAAGGACUCCCAGGGCCUUCCAGGCCAGAGAAGAGCAGGCGGGAUGGCCUCCAUCUUCCGGAGUGAGGAGAUGAGCCUGAGGCAGCUCUUCCUGCAGGUGGAGGCUGCCUACUGCUGCAUGGCUGAGCUCGGGGAGCUGGGGCUGGUCCAGUUCAGAGAUCUGAAUGUGAAUGUCAACAGCUUCCAGAGAAAGUUUGUGAAUGAAGUGAGAAGGUGUGAAUCCUUAGAGAGAAUCCUGCGUUUUCUGGAAAAUGAGAUGGAAGAUAAUGUUGAGAUAGUCAAAGGAGAAAAGUACCCAGAGACACCCCUGCCUCGGGAAAUGAUUGAUAUGGAGACAGUGCUAGAGAAACUUGAAGCCGAGCUGCUGGAGGCCAACCAGAACCAGCAAACACUGAAGCAGAACUUCCUUGAGCUGACAGAGCUCAAACAUCUGCUGAAGAAAACCCAGGACUUCUUUGAGGCAGAAACCAAUCUGCCAGAUGAUUUCUUCAGUGAAGACACAUCGGGGCUGCUGGAGCUGAGAAGCACUCCUGCUGCUGCAGCUGCCAAGCUGGGAUUCACAGCAGGGGUAAUAAAGAGGGAAAGGAUGAUCCCCUUUGAGCGUUUACUGUGGCGAGCCUGCAGGGGAAACAUCUACCUGAGGUACACAGAAAUGGACACCCCCAUGGAGGACCCUGUGACAAGAGAAGAGGUGAAGAAGAAUGUGUUCAUUAUCUUCUAUCAAGGAGAGCAGCUUAAACAAAAAAUCAAGAAGAUUUGUGAUGGAUUUCGUGCCACAGUCUAUCCUUGUCCAGAGUCUGCCACCGAGCGCCGAGAAAUGCUUGAUGGAGUCAACACAAGAAUAGAGGAUUUAAACACAGUGAUAACACAAACAGAAUCCCACCGCCAACGACUGCUGCAUGAGGCAGCAGCCAACUUGUGGUCCUGGGGGAUCAAGGUGAAGAAAAUCAAGGCCAUCUACCACAUCCUGAAUUGCUGUAACAUUGAUGUCACCCAGCAGUGUGUCAUUGCAGAGAUCUGGUUCCCAGUGGCUGAUGCUGACCGGAUAAAAAGAGCUCUCCAUCAAGGAAUGGAACGCAGUGGCUCCAUGAUUGCCCCCAUCCUCACUGCCAUACACACCAGGAUGGCACCACCCACCUUCAACAGGACCAACAAGUUCACAGCUGGAUUUCAGAACAUCGUGGAUGCAUAUGGUGUGGGCAACUACAGGGAGAUGAACCCAGCUCCCUACACCAUCAUUACUUUCCCCUUCUUGUUUGCGGUGAUGUUUGGGGACUGUGGCCAUGGCGCUGUCAUGCUGGGCUUCGCACUCUGGAUGGUCAUUAAUGAGAAGAGCCUUCUGGCCCAGAAAAGCACUAAUGAGAUCUGGAACACCUUUUUCAGCGGGCGCUACCUGAUCCUGCUCAUGGGCAUAUUCUCCAUGUACACUGGCUUCAUCUACAAUGACUGCUUCUCCAAAUCAUUCAACUUCUUUGGUUCUUCCUGGCAUAUCAUCCCCAUGUUUAAAAAUAACACUUGGAAUAAGGAUGUGCUUCUAGACAAUACAGUGCUGCAGUUGGAUCCAGCAGUCCCAGGAGUCUACUCUGGAAAUCCAUAUCCAUUUGGAAUAGAUCCGAUCUGGAAUGUUGCAUCGAACAAGCUGACUUUCCUGAACUCUUACAAAAUGAAGAUGUCGGUUGUCAUAGGGAUUGUGCACAUGAUUUUUGGGGUGAUACUCAGUCUCUUCAACCACAUCUACUUCAGGAAAUACAUAAACAUUAUCCUUCAGUUCAUUCCAGAGAUGAUUUUUAUUAUCUCUCUUUUUGGCUACCUGGUCUUCAUGAUUAUUUUCAAGUGGUGUCAUUUUGAUGUCCAUUCAUCGCAGAGUGCACCGAGCAUCCUCAUCCACUUUAUCAACAUGUUUCUGUUCAACUAUAGUGACACUUCAAAUGCUCCAUUGUAUCAGCAUCAGAAAGAAGUGCAGAGUUUCUUGGUCAUAUUUGCUCUGAUUGCUGUUCCCUGGAUGCUUCUAAUUAAACCUUUCAUCCUCCGAGCCAACCACCUGAAAGCGCAGCACAUGAUCCAUUCUCAAGCCAUCUCAGGAAACUCAGGAGGUGAAAAUGAGGUAGAUGUCCCAGAGACCAAUCACUCCAAGAAAGCUUCCCAGGGAGACCACAGUGGUGGCCAUGAAGGACAUGAGGGUGACGAUGAAGAGUUCAAUUUUGGAGACAUAUUUGUCCACCAAGCUAUCCACACCAUUGAAUACUGCCUUGGCUGCAUCUCCAACACAGCCUCCUACCUGCGACUCUGGGCGCUGAGCUUGGCCCAUGCACAGUUGUCAGAGGUCCUUUGGACCAUGGUGAUGCACAAUGGGCUCAGCAGCAGCGGCUGGGCAGGUCUUGUCGCCAUCUUCAUCAUCUUUGCAGCAUUUGCCGUGCUGACGGUAGCCAUCCUGCUGGUCAUGGAGGGGCUCUCGGCCUUUCUGCACGCCUUGCGUCUGCACUGGGUGGAAUUUCAGAACAAGUUCUACGUGGGAGCUGGGUACAAAUUUUCUCCGUUCUCCUUCAAUCACAUCAUCAAUGGCACUGCAGAAGAGUAAAACCAGUGCAUCACUGCUUCCCUCCUCAGACCAGGCUCUGUUUCCUUGUGGUGGCUCACCCAUGGAGUAGGAUACAUGGGAUGAAACAGAAUGGGACGUGGCCCUUGAAAGAAGAGCUGUAGAUGAGUAUGUCCUAGCUAAGUUCCAGCAUACUGCUGUAUCAGCUAAGAGCUGACCUGUAUCAGCUGGGCUGGCUGGACCUUUGGCUAAGACUCUAUUGAUGUCUGCAAAUACCUGGUCCUCAGCAUUUGAUGGGGUCAGCUGCCUACUGAGUGGUUGAAAAGAGAAGAUGCAGCUUUGGAAUUAAAUUGUUUAUUAACAAUCAACUCACAUGCGUUCUGCUCCA